AUGGGUACUUUUGUCGAUACAAAUUCUGAUGGACCUGAUCAAGUUUGUCCCUACAACAAGACUCAUAUUAUUUCCUACCGAAAGUUUACUUCCCACAUUUUGGAAUGUGCGAAAAAUCACAAUCCUGAUAAUUACAUAACCUGUCCCUAUUAUGCUAAACAUCGUGUCCUGCGUCACGAGAUCUACGACCAUCUUCAAAUGUGCACUUACAUGGUAACGGGAAUAGUCACCAACGAGCAAAUGGACUUAUACGCCCAAUGGUCUCGAGGGCAAUCUGAAGAUGAAGGACAACAAAGCGAAAAAGAGGACAAUAAAACCGACGAUGAGACCUCAAAAUGUGAACAAGUGGAAAUGCCAAAGGACGACAAAUGGUAAACAAAUGGAUGUUCCUUGGAAAAAAAACUCCGCAAUCAAGUUAAAUGCAAUCAAGAAAAAGAAGCCAAUGUGACCAAAUCAAUUUUGAUACUAUAAAUAUUGUUCAUAAUUAGGUAUACACCAAAUCUGAAUCAUUAAAACGAGACUCUAAAUAAUA